AUGGCACGUGAACAGCAGAAGAAUCUCGCCCAGAAGUUCAUCGAGUCCCAGGGCAAAUGGGACACCGCCGCGGUUGAGUCCACCUUGGCCUCCGAUGCCAAGCACGAUCUUCUCCCAGCAUCCCUCGGCGUAGGCCAGAAGGACAACGCCGGCAAGCUCGAGGUCAUCAAGAAGAUGGGUGCCGCUCUCGACAACAAGCCAGUAAACAUCAAGAUCCUGCAAACAAUCCAAGACGUCGAGCAGCGGAAGACCGCCCUCUUCGUUGAGAAAGAGUACGACUUCGGUGCUGUGCAGAGCUUCUUCGUCGUCAACUUCAACGAGAGCAAUGACAAGAUCACCCACACUGUCGAGUUCGUCAACGCUGAGGCGCAGAAGAAGUUGAUGAGCCGUAUGGGCUAA